AUGACGGUGUCUUACACUCUCAAAGUGGCAGAGGCGCGCUUCGGAGCCUUCUCUGGCCUGCUCCUCCGCUGGAGGGGCAGCAUCUACAAGCUCCUGUACAAGGAGUUUCUGCUGUUCGGUGCCUUGUAUGCUGUGCUCAGCGUCACCUACCGGCUGUGGCUGACCCAGGAGCAGAAGCAUAUUUAUGCCCAGGUGGCCCGAUACUGCAACCGUUCAGCAGACCUCAUCCCUUUGUCCUUCGUGCUGGGUUUCUACGUGACUUUGGUGGUGAACCGAUGGUGGUCUCAGUACACGAGCAUUCCACUGCCGGACCAGUUAAUGUGUGUCAUCUCAGCCUGUGUGCAUGGCGUGGACCAGAGCGGCCGUUUACUACGCCGAACUCUCAUCCGCUAUGCCAACCUGGCGUCGGUGCUGGUGCUGCGAUCUGUCAGCACCCGUGUGCUCAAGCGCUUCCCCACUAUGGAGCACGUGGUGGAUGCAGGUUUCAUGUCUCAGGAAGAGAGGAGAAAGUUUGAGAGCUUGAAAUCUGAUUUUAACAAGUACUGGGUCCCUUGCGUCUGGUUCACUAACCUCGCCGCCCAGGCCCGCAGGGAUGGACGAAUCCGUGACGACAUCGCUCUCGCUCUCAUACUGGAAGAGCUGAACAAGUACCGCGCCAAGUGCAGCAUGCUGUUUCACUAUGACUGGAUCAGCAUCCCCCUUGUCUACACCCAGGUGGUGACGAUAGCCGUAUACUCCUUCUUCGCCCUUUCCCUGGUCGGCCGACAGUUUGUGGAGCCGGAAACAGGGGCUGCCAAACUUCAGGAGCCUCUGGAGCGAGCCAAAGAGGUCUCUCCAGCCCCGGGGGACCUGGACAUGUUUGUGCCUCUUACCACGUUGCUGCAGUUUUUCUUUUACGCUGGUUGGCUCAAGGUAGCUGAACAGCUCAUUAACCCCUUUGGUGAAGACGAUGACGACUUUGAGACCAAUCAGCUCAUAGAUCGAAACCUGCAGGUGUCCCUGCUCUCUGUGGAUGAUAUGUACCAGAACCUGCCUCCUGCUGAGAAGGAUCAGUACUGGGAUGAGGCCCAACCUCAACCACCCUAUACGGUGGCCACAGCUGCUGAGUCACUGCGUCCUUCCUUCUUGGGUUCCACUUUCAACCUGCGCAUGAGUGAUGACCCUGAGCAGUGCAUGCAGGUGGAGGCAUCCCCAAGGUCCGACCUGCCAGCAACCGCCACCCAGACCCCGCUGCUGGGCCGCUUCCUGGGCUCAGGAGCGCUCUCGCCUGCUAUAAGCCUACGGAACUUCGGGCGAGCACGCGGCGCCCCCAGGACCCCACACCUGCUCCGCUUCCGGACCGAGUUGGGCGGUGAGGAGGCUGCCAGCCGUAUAGAUGAGGCUGAGGAAUCUGGCGAUGAAGCCCUGGAACCUUGAGAAUCCCCUCUGCCGGUGGCUGCCACCCUGCCUUCUUCCCGAGCUGCGCUUGGUCCUAUCAGCCGCUGCUCAGAGCAACUUCUCUGGACAGCGGGUUGGCCAUUGGGGAAAGCAUUUGGGGACAGCUCUUGAAAGCAAAGAUGACGAGGAGAGCCGGGGGUAGGGUAUAUCUCCUUUAGAGUGAAGUGGGAUAGAUUGCUUGGGGAGGCGAAGCUAGAAUGAAGAAAAGGUCAAAUAUAUAGGGCUGGCACACAGAGGCAAGGCUACCUUUUCAGACGUCGGGGAGCUAGGCCAACGGUCCAAAACAGUAGGGGAGCAUCAGCAUCCCUGAAGUCUUGCCUGGUGCCCAGCCCCAGCCUCUAGGUGCCGCAUUUGGUUGAGCACAGGAAGUGGCAUUUCUAGUUUUGGGUCGAUGCUGUGCUGCUGGUCUGGGACAGCUGUUUUAGAAUCAAGUGAGAAAAAGUAAAAGGACACACACUCCCUAGCCCAGUAACCUCACUCUGAAGGCAGGUCAGCGGGCGUGGUGUGGGACCUUUGUCUGCAAAAUGCUCGCGUUGUUUGUAAUGAGAAUAUGUGCAUUUGUUCACCGUGAAUCACGACUGUUUAAUUUGGCAUUUGCCUAGGGUGUAGGUGGAAUUAGGAUUGGAAAGUUGCCCUGGUGGCCCAGCACUAAGGGCACUUAACCAAGACCAGAGUUGUAGAAGCAAGAUCUUCUGACUUGCUUUUGUGAAAGGACAGCUAAUGCCAGAACCAAGGAAGAAAGCUAAGGAUGGAAACACUCGAGUGUAGACAGGACCUCACUAAAUCACCCAAGCUGGCCUUGAACUAGGUGAUUCUCCCACCCAGCUUUCCAAGUGGCUUGUGCC